GUGAGACGCAAGCAGGCAGAGAGAGAAGACGGAUUUAUAUAGAGAGAGGCCCUCGGCAUCUCCACGGCCGGCCCAAUGAGGGGGUGAGGGGCUCAAGAGCACGACAACGGGGAGGAUAGUGGGAGGAGAAGCAGAAACGGCGGGAUAAGAAGAAGGAAAAAGGCAGGGCGGCAAAAUCAGAAACAGGCUUUUGCAGGAGAAGGGGACUGGGUGGGUGGGAUCUCCAAUGAGGAGGAGAAAAAGCAGAUAAAAGUUUUGGAGACAGCUGGAGAGGGAGAGAGAAGGGGGAAAGAGACUAGAGAGAGAGCGGCUUGAGUCUAUGUUAAUGGAAAAGGUAGGAGGAGAUUCAUGGAAAAAGAGGAGGAAGCUCUCUGCGUCUCAGGAGUCCUCCUGUUCCUCUUCUGCUUCUUCAUCUUUCUGUGAGGCUGCUGGACAUCAUCCAUCACCAUGUUCUCUGACAGCAGGGCUUCAGCGCCUGGGGAGCAGAAAGGCUUCAAGCCUCACGCCCCUCACUUCAUCCCCUGGCUGCGCAAUAGUCUGAAGCCCCACCACAGUAGUGACCUGGGGCUCAACGGACCGUAUAAAUCCAGCUCAGAGGCCCGCAACAACCUGACCCCGCUGGAGAGAGCCAAAGGGAUCGGGUUCUUCUCCAUCCAGGGAAAGGACCGCGCAAAAAAGGGGGAGCUUCGGUGUAAUGGCGUAGGGAUGGCGAGAAUGCUGCCAGUGGUGCUGAGGGGGCACCACAUCCUGCCAGGGAGUCUGGGGAAGCAGAGGGAGGACAGUCCAGCCAGGUGGAACCAGUCUCCAGAGCUGCAUCCAGAGCCCAACACGCAGACCAGUCCAGGGGAUGGGCCACAGGACCUGAGCAACAGCUCCACGUCUGCAGAGGACAACCACACCUUUGUAAGGAACCACAGCAGCCACCCGAGCCCUCUUGAGUCACAGAAUGACAGCACUAGCACAUCAGUCAGGAAAUAUGGGCCACUUGUAGGACCCUUGCCUGCUCCUGGUCCUGAGGAGGCAAACUGUAAGCUGCCUGUUGUGGUGGCCGUGGAGGACAGGAGGGGUAAAGUGUGGGACUACAGCAGCAGUAUCACCUACCGCCAGAGAGACCUUCAUUCAUCCAGCUGGCUGAGCUCAGACACUCAGACACAGGAAAUAACAGAGAGGCAGCAUGGAUUCCCCUCCAGCUUCAGCCACAUCAAACAACAGAGCAGGAUCUCCCAAAGCCAGAGAGACCUGACAGCACUGAGAGAACCACCUGUGGAGAGUUUCAACAGGCCUCUCAAUGGAGUUAUAUUCUCUACCGAGGUUCCUCAGAGAGGCCUUGACUGCGCCACCACUCUACAAGGCCCCAGGAAAUCUAGGCCGAGCUUGGAGCGUAUCGGGAUCCUGGGUCAGAACCAGAAAUGGGUCCAAUACAGGCCGACUAGUGGAGGGGAGCCACAAAGGAAGGAAGCAGGCUGCAGCAGGAAGGUGGUUCGAAACCAGAUUAAAAGGGUGGUGGAUAACCUGGAGCAGGUUCUUACAGCACUGAGAGACGUACACCAGGAAAUGAAGGAGGUUGUGCAGCAGAUCGACUAUCUGACCUCAUCCAUUGAUCUAAAUGAGGAGGAGCAGCAGAGGACUACAGGAGGCAACAUCACCAAGCCUCCCACUGACAGCAGCUCCAGCUCAGGUUCCAGCUCCAGCGAGGUGACAGUAGGUAGCACCCAUCCAAGGCCCUCAGAACCUGAAGACCGGCCAGGACACAUAGACUCCUCUGGCACCCUCAGGAGGGAUCAUCACAGCAUGAGUCAGUCUCAACCAAAUGUGCUGUUGUGCCCAGUAAAGUCUGGGUCUUCAUCGGAGAGGAAUCGAAAUCGGUUCACUUCCGGUCUGGGGUCAUCUUACAGGCAAGGUGGACCACUGCAGGACAGCAAUAGUUUCCUUUCAUCUAAAGUCCCUCAAUUUCAAAAUAUUACCUCCCAUGACCUUACUUUGUCUCCCCACAGAAGCCUACCUGUUCGGCCACCCACUCCUGGUCUCUCCCCUCUAACAGUAAACCUUCCUCACCCCAACAGCCCUGGCUCUCAGCCUCACUCCCCUGAGCCUUCCUCCUCUAUCAGGAUGAGCCCUGUCUCCCCUCCCUCCCCCCUGUCUCCAAAUCCUCAACCACCCCCCACACUUAGCCCUUCUGUCAUCAUAGAGAACAAAAUCGGGCCUUAUAAGACCCCACAAACGGACCACCCAUCUGCUGGUCAGCUCUCUACAUCAGCGACCCAGCCUCCAUCUGCCAUCUGCCCACCCACCGACCCAAAAACUGAAACUGUGCCCAACAAUGACGGAGAGAGCCGAAGUUUCUCAGCAGGGCCCAUUCACAGACCUCCACAGGUGUGCAUUGCCGCUGCAGACAAAGCUAAACCACCAACAGCACAAGGCCGCAGAGGUCGCAAGCCUCCUCCGUACCCCCAUCACAGACCCUCUGAGCACACAAAGAAAGUGAAGGAGCCCCGCAAAGCUCCUCCGUACCCUGAGAAAAGAAGGCUGCUCUCGACCACAGUGUGAGACAACGCAGCAGGAGGGAGAGGCUGAUUGAACGGAGCCAUAUUCACAGCACCAGCCACGAGUCUGCAUGAGCGGAGAGUGAUUUAACACUCGCCAAGUUGAGCUGUGACCAAGUUUCCAAGGUGACAAGAUGCAGACGUAACUUGGGGUGAGUAUGUCAGGAAUAACAGCUUGGCUCCACGGUGAUCCCUUUCCCUCUCUCUUUCCCUCUCUCUGUAUAGGCUGAACAUACAUGGGGCAUCAUAACAUCUGUCUGGGUUACUGCCCUGGUAACAAGAGCCGCUAUACAGAUGCUCGCUUUGCACCCCAGCUCUCAGACUCCCACAGAUCGCACAAUUGAAGGGCAAAGGAGAAGGCCUAAUUAGAUAAAAACAUGAAGGAAAUUGAAAUUACUGCAAGAUGUCAAGACAAAGAAAGAACCGAUUACUUUAUUGCACUUCAACCUAUGCAGCCAGACACAUCCACUCACAUGUAUCAGCAUUGUCUGGGUUAGAUAAUUGCUGUCAGGAGUCCUGAUGGUAUAAUGAGAACUCAGUGCAGCUCAGGCCACUUUGGCUCAGUGGUGUGAAAAGCCCACGCAGGGGAGGAGAACCUGGAGAUCUAUGAUAGAUCUGAAGACAGAAAAGGUCUCAUAUUAUGAAGAACUUAGCUAGGCCAGAAAAGACGUGA